AUGGCAGAAAGACGGUCAAGUAGCAACACUGAACAAAACUAUGAUGAUGUUAACGAGGAUGAUACCAUUAUAGACCUGAUAAAUGGUGCUAUAGAAACGGAAAAACAAAAGGAUGGGGACACUUUUCUACACAAAGCUGCUAGAAGUGGAGAAGUAGAAAUGGUCAAACUGUUACUCAACACAUCAAAUAUAAAUCUCAAUCAAAAGAAUGAGGAUGGGGACUCUUUGUUACACAUAGCUGCUACAAGUGGGAAAGUAGAAAUUGUCAAACUGUUACUCAACACAUCAAAUAUAGAUCCCAAUCAAAAGAAUAAGACCAACGGCGACACACCCUUACACAUAGCUGUAAGAGAAAAAAAACCCGACAUGGUCCAAUUGUUAUUAGAAAGAGGAGAUAUAGAUCCAGAUACAUCGAAUAAGACCAACGGCGACACUCCUUUACACAUAGCUGUAAGAGGUGCACACGUCAAAAUGGUUGAAUUGAUAUUAGAAAGAGGAAAUAUAGAUCCAGAUAAAGUAAAUAAGGAAGCUGCAAACAUGAGAAACAUGAAAGAUCUGUAUGAUACCACCAAAACACUUACUGGCAAAUUUAGACAAACCGGUCAACAAGAUAAAGACAAAAAUGGGAAGUUCCUUACCACUAUUGAAGAACAGAUUGCUAGAUGGGUCGAAUACUUCAAAGAACAUCUGAAUAGACAACCUCCAGCUAAUAUACCAGUUAUCAACAAAGCAGAUGAAGAGCUUCAUAUAAACCUUAACCUACCAACAAACGUAGAAAUUAAACAAGCUGUAAAAAAGGUUGAAGUCAGGAAAGGCAGCAUGUCCGGACAACAUUCCACCAGAAGCCAUUUAGGCCAGCCCAGACCUAACAGCUAA